CUUAUUUUUUUGCAAUGCCCUUACAGGAGCAGACAUUGCAUCGGGGCCUGUAUGGAUGGAGUACAUUACCUUUUUAAAGUCCAUGCCGGCUCAAAGCACACAAGAAGAGUCGCAGCGAAUGACUGCUGUGAGGAAAGCAUAUCAAAAAGCUAUUGUUACUCCUACCCAUCAUGUUGAACAGCUUUGGAAGGACUAUGAAAAUUUUGAAAAUUCUGUCAGCCGUGCCCUGGCAAAAGGAUUAGUAUCCGAAUAUCAACCAAAAUAUAACAGCGCAAGGGCCGUCUAUAGGGAACAGAAGAAAUAUGUUGAUGAAAUUGAUUGGAAUAUGCUUGCUGUGCCACCAUCUGGUUCUUAUAAGGAGGAACUGCAGUGGAUGGCGUGGAAAAGAUUUCUAGCAUUCGAAAAAGGAAACCCUCAAAGAAUAGAUAGUACUUCAGCCAACAAACGAAUUGCUUUCACAUAUGAGCAGUGCCUCAUGUAUUUAUAUCAUUAUCCGGAUAUAUGGUACGACUAUGCUACAUGGCAUGCAAAAAGUGGUGCAGUAGACUCUGCUAUCAAAGUAUUUCAACGAGCUCUGAAGGCUCUUCCGGAUUCAGAAAUGCUAAAGUAUGCUUAUGCGGAGCUGGAGGAAUCCCGUGGAGCAAUUCAGCCUGCAAAGAAAGUCUAUGAAAGCCUUUUAGGGGAUGGCGUCAAUGCAACAGCACUGUCACAUAUACAAUAUAUUCGCUUUCUAAGAAGAACUGAAGGAGUAGAAGCAGCUCGCAAGUACUUUCUUGAUGCACGUAAAUCUCCGAACUGCACUUACCAUGUUUUCGUAGCUUAUGCCAUGAUGGCCUUUUGUCUUGACAAAGAUCCAAAGGUUGCACACAAUGUUUUUGAAGUAGGGUUGAAACGCUUUAUGCACGAACCUGGAUACAUACUUGAGUGAGUUUUUUUUGCCUUUUCUGCUAUCUUAGAACUACACUCUUAUAAUGCUAUAAUAAUACGCAUGUUGGCACGGAUAUCACUGUCAAAGUUGGUUAUUG